AUGCCGGAGCUCCCAGAGGUGCCACCACUUUGGCUGACGUUAGGGAUGUCAGAAACUUUGUGGGGGCAUACUCUCUACGUGGGUGAUCUUCAUCGGGAAACCACUGCAGCGGACCUUGAGGCUGCAUUUUCUAUGAUUGGCCCGUUGGAUUCCUUGGGGAUUCGCAGAGAUGCCGUGUCUGGGAAAUCUCUUUGCUUUGCUUUUGUCAACUUCUUCUAUGUCUCUCAUGCUAUGAAGGCUCUGGCAUGCUUAAACCAUACAACCCUGAGAGGAAAGCCAAUGAGGAUUAUGUGGUGGCAUAAGGAGCAUAAGGAAUCAAUAGUAAGAAAAUCCGAGAUUGGGAAUGUUUUUGUGAAGAACCUUGCUCUUUCUAUCACCAGUACUCAAUUAGAGAACAUGUUUAGCAAAUAUGGCAAAAUACUGUCCUGUAAAGUCGCCGAGGACGAAAACGGAAAGAGCAAAUGUUUUGGAUAUGUUCAGUUUGAAACACACAAUUCUGCCAAUUCUGCUAUCACUUCCCUCCAUGGAGCAGUGUUUCAAGGGAAGAAGUUAUAUGUGUCCAUAUUUAAGAAGAAAGAAGAGAGGGUGAAGGAUGCAUUUAAAGAGCAAAAAUUCACUAAUCUAUAUGUGAAAAACUUUGGUUGCAAUAUGACUGAGGAUCUCUUAAGAGAUAAAUUCUCAAGAUAUGGAAAUGUCAAUAAUGUUGUGAUUAUGAGGGAUGAAGAAGGGAAUUCAAGAGGCUUUGGGUUUGUUAACUUUGAUUCGGAUGAAGAUGCUAAGAUGGCGGUUGAAGCUCUUAAUGGUCAACUAAUAGGAUCAAAGAAGUUGUUUGUUGGAAGGGCACUAAAGAAGGCCGAAAGGGAAAUACUUUUGAGAAUGAACGACACACGUGAGGAGAUGUCUUGUAGUCUAGUGGAAUCAAAUCGCUCCCCCAUAUGGGAGGUUGUACGUCCAAGCCUCAGUGGAGGCGGUAUUGACUUUUUGUCAACCUUCAAGUUGAGAAAGUAG